UCCAUUCUACUCGCACUCACUCAACAUGAAGUUCCUGAUCAUCGCUUGUGUCGCCGCCGUGGCCGUCGCUGCCCCUCAGUACAGCUAUGAUGCUCCUCGUGCUGCGUCCAGUGAGGAGCGCGAGUUCGUGCCAAUCCUCAAGGACGACCGCGUCCACGAGGAAGACGGAACUUACAACUUCGACUUCGAAGCUGCCAACGGCAUCAGCUUCUCCCAGUCUGGAUCCCCCGACGGCGAUGAGGACGCUGUGAUCAAGGCUGGAGAAUACUCGUACACUGCUCCUGACGGCACUGAAAUCCAUCUCCGCUUCGUGGCUGACGAGAACGGCUUCCAGCCCCAGGGCGCUCACCUCCCAGUGGCUCCUGAGUUCCCCCACCCAAUCCCCCAGUUCGUCCUCGACCAGAUCGCAAAGGCCGCCGAGGAGGACCGCAACCGCAGCGACGACUCCGACGAAGUUUCCGCUCCUUCCAGACUGUAUGGCCGACCCAACUAAAUAUCAAUUUAAAUGGUGUAUUUAUAAAAUAACUGAUAUAAUAUUUUACACAAAA